AUGAGCAAUCACCGCCGGUGGUGGUGGUGCUCAAUAUCUCGGAUUCUUUGGCUGUUGGCGCUCAUCCCGGUUGCCGUGUCCGUGAUGUGCUUUUCGAAUACGGUUCGUAACUCUGUGGACGAGGAAUGCGGUCCGAAUGGAUACUGCUACACGCACAAUUCAUCGGGUCGCACUGGCACAUAUUACAGAAUAAUCCGAGGAUGUGAUCAUAGCUUCCUGUGCGAGACAAUGAUCAGCAAAAUAAAUGACAAACAAGACACAGACAAAAAAGGCUCGGAAAAGACGAUAUAUAACACUCUUUUUUGGUGCACAGAGGAUGUACGAAUACGUUUGGAGGACGAAGCGUUGGUGAACGGUGAGAUAUGCUGCUGCAAAGAGAGUUGGUGCAAUAAAAUGUUUGUCGACGAGAUGAAAAGUGACCUGGAGACAAUCCGUGAGCUGGACAAUGGAACGGCAAUCGAAUAUGAAAUUUUAAAAACAAUCGCCGCCAAAUAUGGCGUUAAAUAA